AUGCCGGUCUUGAUCAUAACGGAGGAACUACGGCCCAUAAACCACACCAAACCGCAUGUUUUUCGGUAUGCAAUGGUGACUCGCGAAUAUAAAAGCGGAGGCAUUAGAGCACCCUCUUCAGUUUGCAUUCAAAUAUACGAGUACUACAAUCAACAAUCCGCGAGUUCCACCAGUACAACAACACAACCUUUUGUCACACCAUAUCAAUAUCACUUUGCUGCCUACUUACAAUGCCCUACUUCCGCUUCUGGCUAUGAGGAACACUGGUCCAAAGUCGGACGAUCGCUUUGCAGCGACGAGCAACGCACGCAACUGAAAACGAUAGAAGAGCAAGGCAUAACGAAUUUCAUACUCUGCAAUGACCACAACAGGAGCACUAAUGGAUUUUUGCUGGACGCCGGCAUACAAGCGAUACCGCAAUUAUUGCGUCUGCUCUUCCACGACACCGCGCGACUACACUUUCGUUUGAGUUUCUAUACGCGCGUCUUGAACGAAACAGAUUUUCUUUUCGCCAGCAGCGAACUAACGUUGGAGCAUCACCUGGACAUUAGCGAGACUGUGGAUGUGCUAUUCCUUAUGUUGCUGGAGAAAAUCGAGGCUUAUAUGUAUGCCUGCUAUCCGACGCGCGCUGCGGAGUAUAGCGUGAAGCGCAUAAAGAUUUACGUAUAUCGCGAACUUAUCACUAGCACAUCCUCGUUAAACGCGCUACCGAAAUACAUACUACCGCUACAGUAUCGUGUGAAGCAUGCCACCGCAGCGCCAGCCACAAAGCCGAUCAGCGCGGAGACUGCUGACGACGCGAAUCUUUACUGUUUCCGCGUUUGUGCGCGCACACAAGAUUGUAUGUACUUCCUUAUCAGCCCGGUAAAUGUCCAAGCAAUACAUGCUCUACUGAAGUACAGCGCGCACAACAAACUUGGGAUCGCGUUGGCUGUGGCGCUCAUUAUAUAAAGUUGCA